AUGGCUCUUCCUAGCCACCGCACUGGCAGUUUACAUCGCCCGUUGCUACAAUUCCUACUUCCGCCUCCGUCACAUCCCCGGCCCCGCACUCGCAAGAACAUGAUUGCCACCGCCGCCAAAUACGGCCCCUUGGUACGAAUCGGACCCAACGACCUGCUUUGCACCGACCCGGAGACCUUGCGCCGGAUGUCAAGCGUGCGCUCGGCUUACACAAAAGGAUACAACGGACGAGAAAACGGGAGUACAGGCUUUGAGGAAAGUAUAGAUCGACAAAUGCUCAACCUCGUGGCAUUGAUUGAAAGCAAAUAUGUCUCCUCGCCCGGCAAUCUGCGGCCGUUUGAUCUUUGUGCCAAGACGCAUUUCUUCUCGUUGGAUGUCAUUAGCGAUGCUUCGUUUGGUAAGGCAUUCGGGUUCUUGGUAGAGGAUAGGGAUUUGCAUCAGUUCGUUGAGAUCAAUGACUCUGCUCUUCCGGCCAUGAAUUUCCUUCAGGCUGUGCCGUCCUUGACAAAUAUCGUUUAUCGCUGGCCGUUCAAUCUGGCGCUUCCUAGGGACGUGGACGGCGUUGGGUUUGGCCGGUUAAUGGGGUAUGUUGUUCCUCUCGUGAGGCUCGGGGGACUUUUUGCUGACAGCCCGGUAGGCUGGCAACGGGUUGCGUGGAGGAGCGGCUUCGACCUGAUGCAGAGCCAGGGCGGGAUAUGCUCCAGUGUGGCAGGUUCCAUUACGACGGCGGCAGCUAUUCGACAUACCCUCUUGGCCUUGAUAUCUACCCCUUCGGUGUAUGCGACUCUCCAAAAGGAAAUAGAUGAGAGUGUCUCCUCCGGCCGCGUCAGCCGUCCGGUCAUUAGGGAUGUCGAAGCUCAAGCCCUUCCGUAUCUGCAAGCGAUGAUUCGCGAGGGCUACCGAACCUGGCCAUCAGUUGUUGGCCUGGGCAGCAAGCAGGUGCCGAAAGGUGGUGAUAGUAUUUGCGGGUUCCAUGUUCCGGAGGGCACCCAAGUCUCGCAUAACUACUCGGGAGUAAUGCGAUUGAAGGAGGUAUUUGGGGAGGAUGCUGACGUGUUUCGACCGGAGCGCUGGCUAGAGGAGGAGGCCGACGCAGAGCGGCUGAAGUUGAUGAACUCUGUGUUGGAGCUUGCGUUCGGGAAUGGAAAGUACCAGUGUCUGGGGAAGCGAAUCGCGCUGAUGGAGUUGAACAAGAUCUUUUUUGAGGUAGGUGUUCGGUUGAUGUGUCAGUUGAAGAAUCUAUACCUGUGCUGA